AUGAUUGCCAUUGCUUCGAGCGACGCCUUCCACGCUGCAGUCGCUGCUGCCGCGACGGCCAAACCCCUCGUGGUCUUUUUCACGUCGACCGAGUGCAGCAAGUGCGAGGACGUGACGCCCCAAGUGACGGCGCUCGCAGAAGAGCUGGCCGCAAGCGCUGCGUUCGCCACUGUGGGUGCCGAAGAGCUCGAGGCGCUCGUGAAGGAGCUGCAAGUGGACAGCUUCCCGCACUUUCGCGUGUACAAGGACAACGCGAUCGACUGCUCGAGCUCCACAUUCGACGAGGUGGACGCGUACGUCCGCGGGCUCGUGGUGCCGGACACGCCCAGGACGGACGACGCGUCGUCAGUGCCCGACCGUGCACCGGAACAGACAGGAGACGACGAGGGCAGUGCUACGAAGCCGAAGGAGGAGGAAGAGGAAGCGGUGGGUGGAGCGUGCGACGCGGAGGCUGCGAAUGGCUCGAAGAAACGACAGGAGCGCGAGGAGGAGAUGGAGUCGAACGACGGCCACGCUGCAAAGAAGAUGAAGACGGACGACGGAGUGGCUGAGCCUGUCGAGGACGACGGAGCUGUAGUCACGGAGGAAGCCGGGAGAACGAACGUGGCGCCGAACGAAGAGGAGACGCCAGACGGGACGGAGAAGAAGCGGGACGAAGGCGGGGCGGCCGACAAGACCGCGUCGAGUGCUGCUGCUGCGUCGGACGUUGUUGCAGCCUAA